AUGGCAAAUCCCUGCCCGACGGAAGACCUAACCCACACCGUAGCGAAGACGGAAACAGCUGGCAUAUCCCUCACAAUGCGCAUUCCACCAUUCUGGCGUGACCGACCACGUCUAUGGUUUAUUAGCUUCGAAGCAGCUACCAACGACAUGAAGAAGGGACAGGCUCAGCUCGCCCAGAUGGUCAUCGCACAGCUCGAACGUCAAGACAUCGAGCAAAUCAUGGACCUCCUGUACAACCCGCCGGAGACGAAUCAAUACGACGCAAUCAAGGAACGUCUCAUAUCUGCCUAUGAAGAGUCCGACAGCCGACAGUUCCAGAAACUACUGUCCGAGAUGGAACUCGGCGAUCAGAAGCCUACGCAGCUACUCCGCCGCAUGCGUAACCUAGCCAGAGACAAGGUCCCUGACUCCACGUUACGACUCAUGUGGACCAACCACUUGCCAUCACACAUCAGAUCCGUCCUGGCCGUCAGCGAAUCAUUUAGCACAAAAACUGAGCUGGAAGAGCUCGCUCUACUCGCUGACAAAAUGAUGGAGCAGUCCGCGUCAACUACAGAAGUCUCAGCAAUACAACCAUCACCAGCACAGUCCACGUCAUCAUCACACACCGAUACACAAUACCUUAUCAACGAGAUAAGAAAAUUAUCAUUGGAGAUCGCCGAAUUAAAGUCAAGACCAGCAUACAACCCCGACUACCGCCGCCGCCGUUACCCAUCUCAGCAACGCACACGCAGCACGUCACGUUCACGGAAUCGUGAUUCAUCAUCACCUUCACCAUUCUGCUACUACCAUCGGCGCUUCAAAGAACAAGCUCGACGCUGCACACCUCCCUGCUCAUUCAAAGCAACGACCUCGGAAAACUAA